AUGAAUUCGAUUUUGGAAGAUAUUUCAAAAAAAUUGAACUGUCCAGUUUAUCUGGUGAGAUAUAGACUAAUGCAUCAGGAAAAUGCAGAUUUGAUUUCAAAAUUUAUAAAUGAAAGCGGAAAGAUAGAGACAACUUAUAAAGAUAGGAAUGGAUUGAGAUAUACAAUUCGAUGUGACGGAAUUACAACAGCAGGGGCUCAUUUACUCAAAGCCUUCGGUCACUUAGCUUACCCAUUCAACAUAUCGGUUGCGGCAUACUUCUAUGCGCAUCACAAAAUAAAACUCCAAUAUCCGUUUCAUCAAUGUGUUAUCGCAAGAACGUUUACAAAGGAUGGAAUUUGUGAGAUAUUUCCCGCUUGAGCUUGUAUGUUUUGCUCCUACAUCGCCCCCAUCACCCCCAUCAACAUUAAGCGGUUUAACAUUUACAGCACGGCGCACACAAGCAAGUUCGUCUACAUCAACAACCAGCCU